CCCUCCCCCAGGUGAUGGCCCAGCCUGGGUCCGGCUGCAAAGCGACCUCCCGCUGUCUUGAAGGGACUGCGCCGCCCGCCAUGGCUCAGUCGGACGCCGAGGCCCUGGCUGGAGCUCUGGACAAGGACGAGGGCCGGGCCUCUCCAUGUACGCCCAGCACUCCAUCUGUCUGCUCACCGCCCUCUGCUGCCUCUUCCGUGCCGUCUGCCGGCAAGAAUAUCUGCUCCAGCUGCGGUCUCGAGAUCCUGGAUCGGUAUCUACUCAAGGUCAACAACCUCAUCUGGCACGUGCGAUGCCUCGAGUGCUCCGUGUGCCGAACGUCGUUGAGGCAGCAGAACAGCUGCUACAUCAAGAACAAGGAGAUCUUCUGCAAGAUGGACUACUUCAGCCGAUUUGGGACCAAGUGUGCCCGGUGCGGCCGACAGAUAUACGCCAGCGACUGGGUGCGGCGAGCGCGCGGCAACGCCUACCACCUGGCCUGCUUCGCCUGCUUCUCUUGCAAGCGCCAGCUGUCCACCGGCGAGGAGUUCGGCUUGGUGGAGGAGAAGGUGUUGUGCCGCAUCCACUACGACACCAUGAUCGAGAACCUCAAGAGGGCCGCCGAGAACGGGAACGGUCUCACGUUGGAGGGGGCAGUGCCCUCGGAACAGGACAGUCAGCCCAAGCCGGCCAAGCGCGCGCGGACGUCCUUCACCGCAGAGCAGUUGCAGGUUAUGCAGGCGCAGUUCGCGCAGGACAACAAUCCAGACGCUCAGACGCUGCAGAAGCUGGCGGAUAUGACGGGCCUCAGCCGAAGGGUCAUCCAGGCUGUCGUUCCAGGUGUGGUUUCAAAACUGCCGGGCGCGUCAUAAAAAGCACACACCGCAGCACCCUGUGCCACCCUCGGGGGCGCCCCCGUCCCGCCUCCCCUCCGCCCUGUCCGACGACAUCCACUAUUCCCCGUUCAGCAGUCCCGAGAGGGCGCGCAUGGUCACCCUGCACGGCUACAUUGAGAGUCAGGUACAGUGCGGGCAGGUGCACUGCCGGCUGCCUUACACCGCGCCCCCUGUCCACCUCAAAGCCGAUAUGGAUGGGCCGCUCUCCAACCGGGGUGAGAAGGUCAUCCUUUUUCAGUACUGACACUGCCGGCACUUCUGCAUCUGUCCAUGGGCACCCCACAGCUGCCCCUCAGCCACUGAGAUCCAGUGUCCCAGCCGUGGCCAGGGAUCCGCCCGUCUCGGCAGCCACCCCCGCCCGCCAUCCUGCCCGCCACCAGCUUGGCCACCCAGGCCUGGCCUUUCCCUCUCCUGCUGAGAACCAGAACCCACCAGGAGCACCACAGAGUCCUCCUCUUGGAAGGCAGAGCUCCCUGAAGUUUGGAAUCAGGGUGAAAACAACAGCCUGUUUUUUCCAUCUAAACAGGAGUCAUCUUCAACUUAAACUGAUUACAAUAGCAAAAGGCACAAUGAAUUGUGUGCCGUCAACAGCCUUCUGAUUUACAGGUUUUCCUUCCCCCCAUAUUGGCCUUUCUUUACUACUUCCUUGGAGCCAUCUCUGAAUUCUGAAUAGCCGACAACCCCCAAUGUGAUCCACUCUGUUGCUUUUGUCUGGAAAACUCUACAGUGUUUGUGGGAUGUCCCCAAAGGAGGCUGUGUUCUAAUUUUAUCAUUUCCAUCUGUCUGGUUAUGUCAAGUUAAUUCAGAAAGAGUGCAACAGUGACCAACCCUGAGAGGCCCAACAGGGCAGAGAUGGAGACCUCCCCGAUGGAGAGGCAGGGGUAUAGGCAAGGGGCAGGGGCACAAAGACCCCCAUUGGUUUGGAGAUUGAGGAAAGGGAGGGAUGUGUCAUGCCAGACUGGGAGAGGAAAGGAAAAACUCAGCGUAGGGAGGACGCCUACCCCUACCUAUCUAUCUGGUAUUUAUGCAGGAGUCAUAGCAGAGAUGGCAUUUGAUCUGCGUGUUGACACUUCUGAAUGUCUGGGCAGGCAGGAGUUGGGGACCUUGCUGGCUAUUUGUUGAUCCCUGAUAGGGAUGCCUGGGCCAUGUUUUCUCUGGAGAGAUUUCUCAUGGGGGCCAGGGAACAGAGUCCAGUGAAACAGCCGCCAGAAUGUUAAUUUCGGUCCUAUCUUUGAAUAGAGAAAAAGUGCCCACUGCCCAGAUGAGUGUGCCAAACCUGGGAUCCCAGCUGGCACCUCUGGGCUUCCUCACCAACCCUGCUUGGAGCCAACCCCACUUGUCCUGAGACCAGAGACCAGACACAGCUGUGCUCACAUUUACCCCAUUCUGCUGCAACUCUCUCACCCCAAACAAAAGGGCUUGGGCAACAUAUGACCAUGAUUUGUGUUUCUAGGGGACGCCCACUUGUCCCAAGCUUCUCUUAUAAUUCUAGAGCUACUUGGCAUCUUGAUGCAUUUCCCACUAGAGGCUGCUAGUAAGCAUGUUUUAGCCUAAGUCCUCCUUCCUGCUGUGGUUAACCUGAUACAUUGCUUUUGGGAGGAAAGUCUAGAACAGGGAAAGCAAGUUCAUGGUACAUAUGUGGCUGCUGUCCCUGUCUGUACCCGUGACAGACAUUGCUAAUUGAUUGCAGCACUCUCUAUGUCACUGAGGUUGGAUAAGGUUUUAGAAUCCAAAUGCUUGAAAUUGGCACUUAAAUGAAAAUCUGUAUGCCAAAAUGAAAAUCUGUAUGCCAUUCUUGUUCUGGGGCAGGAGGAGGACUGGGCACAGGUGUGGUUCAAGAAGGGAACCUGCUUCCUCUCCCUUCCAAAGAAGGUGACAACAAACUGAGGGUAAGGAGAAGGCCCCACUCGAGCAUGGUGAGCACAGCUCAGUUCAGAAUUUGUGCAGUGGUAACUGGUGCCUGACCCUGUGCUAGGUGCUGACAUUAACAGGAGUGACCUGGGCCUGAUCCCUGGCCCUGGGGAUUAUCAAAGCCCCAGUCACAGCCAUGUGAUGAGUGGCCAGGGUCAUCCAGUACCCACUCUGCCUUGAGCCUCUCCCAGGGUCUGUUCCUUGUGUGGAUCACAUGGCCAUAGCAUGUUCUAGUUCAAACAUGUCUCUACUACCCUGUUAAGAGCAGCCUGAGAACGUACAGGCCAUCAAGACUAUUUAUUUAAGUACAAAGCAAAAAGGAAGACACACACGGAAAAAAAUUGUAAGCACUUUUUUGUAAAACCAAUGUCUGUUUUGUUACAUACCUUCAUGUCGUGCUUUGUAAAUGUCUUAUUUGUGUAAUAAAGUUAAUGCAAGUAGAAGUGCUGGCACUUAAA